UACUAUGGACUCGUUAAGCAAGUUACAGCAAACACAGUCCAAAACAAGAGAACUUGUUUCUUGUAUAAUAAAGUAUGUCACCGAACAGCAACAAAUGGCAAUGCUCCAGGAUGACGACCACCAAAGAUUGACAGAAGACAUGCGUUCUUCAGAGAGAGGAUUCUGGACGAUUGCGCAACUACAAGCAAAAAGGAUAACGGAGAAAGAGAAAUUUCGUGAACAAUUGAGGAAACAWAAUGACGCUAUAGCUGAGCUAAAACGAGAAAACCUUGCUUUGCAUGAAGUUAAUUUACAGGAAAACAAGAAGCAAAAUGAUCAUAAAGACAAGAACGAUGUCAUUGAGAAUGAGGCACAAGGAAAGAAAACUGGGACCGUGAAGAUUGGUGAUGAAAAAAGUGUCGAAGUAAAGAAUGAAGAGAGUAGUCCAAGCAAAGACGAGAAGAGUGAAGAUAUAGAGCAACAGAUUCAAGCAGAGAAAGAAAAAGGAAAAAUUGAAAAGCGAAAGCAACAGAAAGAACGAAGAAAAAUGACGCAGAAGAUUGAAAAAUUGCGCUGCGAAACAAAGAAACUUAUUCAAGAAAAUGAGCACUUUAAGAGAAAAAUCAAAAGGACAAAAAGGAAACUAAGGCUUGCGAAGUCAAAGCUUCAGGAGGAAGAGAGAUUCAAAAAUGAAUUGCUUAAGAUUGGCACCGAGAGAAAGAGGUUAAUCAAUGAGAUGGAAAGCGAGUUGGAAAACUUUCAUCUUCAGAAGAACCAACGGCACAAAGAAACCACACAUCCAAACGUCUUUCGUCGCUGCUGGAUGGGUUUAAGGAAGUAGAUAACUUUUAGCCUUUUUUUUCUUUUUCAAUUUUUUAUUAUUUUAUUGCGUUAUCUAUUAA